AUUUUCUAUUUAUUUUGUCACUGUAAAUUUUUAAAUCAUAAUUAUGUGAAAUAUCUCAUGACUUGGAUCAUUUUAUUUUACAGGAAGGGAUCCUAAGUUGACAGCUAUGAUAGAUACAACAAAGUCUACAAUUCAGACAGAAAAAGAAAGCUACAUGUAUAUUUCUACCAAAAGUCUCCAAGAUGCCCAUCAAAAACUUCUGGAGAACAAAAUUGUUAUAAUCCAGGGAAACUCGGGGGACGGGAAAUCAUCUGCUGCACUUGAACUUCUCGGUUUGCUGUGCUGUAAUGAAGAGGAGGGGCAACAUAAACGAUGUCGACAACCACUACAACUACACGAGAUAAAAGACUUAGAUUCAGUUGCACCAAAGUCACAAUUAGUUAUUUAUUUUGAUGACAUCUUUGGAACGAAUGUUGUGUGUCAGGAAGAUGUGAAAGAAUGGGAGAAACGAGAAAAAGAAAUUAUUGCAAAACUUUGUGGAAAUGAAUCUGAGUCUAAUUAUCUGGUCAUUACAAUUCGUAGUGGAAUGAUUAAUUCUUUAAGUGGCCUUGGAAAAUUAUUUACCAAAGAAAACAUUGUUGACCUUAGCCAGUACAAAGAAGACAAAGAAAAACUUGCAUUGUUAAGGUUGUAUGAACCAAAAACUGAAUUUGUUAAAUGGAAAGAUGAUGAGGAGAAACAGAUUGUGGCCUCGGCCCCAGACAUUGGGUUUCCACAGUGUUGUAGAUUAUUUAGGGACACACCUAGUUUACAAACAGAGAGAGUCAAAUUCUUUGAAAGACCUUUGCAUUAUUUUAAAUCCUCUUUAUCUAAAUUAGAAGACGGGAAAUUUUAUGGUCUGCUGUAUCUGUUCCUCAAUGGCGGCUCAGUUGUAGAACAUGAUUUAGACCCUUUCAUUGAAAAUAUUGAGGAAAAUGAGAAAAUGAAAGCAGCAUUUGCUUUUGAUGUAGUAAAGUUAACCCAACAUCUGAGCUUAUUUACAAAAAAGAGAAGAAAGCUGAAUUUGUAAAGGAGUCAUUAGAAUGCCUUUUGGGUUGGCUGGUGAGAAAAGAAUCUACACUGUGGGUAAAAUAUCCCUCUUUCAAAUUCAACCACGACUCCAUUGAGGAAACAGUGGCACUUUUGUAUGGAGAGAAAACUCCCACUGGCUACAUACAGAAUUGUCCCAGAAAGUUCCUCAGUUAUGUAACUACAACAAAAAACACCCCAAACAGAAUAGUUAUAUCAUCUGAUAAUCAAACAAAUGCCAUGUAUAAACGUAUAGUGAAAGAGUUUCAAUCUGUUGAUCCUAAACGUUACCGGUAUUUGAGUGAGUGUGACUAUUUAGCUACAUUAGACGUAUGGACAGACACACUGUUUCUACAGGGAUUUAUCAGAUGGCUAAGUGGUCAGAAUGAUGACAAAAACUUACACCAACUGAUAAAAUGUGGGUUGUUAAAUGAAGCUUGUUCUACUGGUUUAGAAGAUCGUGUCUCGUAUCUCCUUUCUGUGGGUGCCACACCCGACAAUGAUACACCGUUUAUUGUAGUGAAGGGUGGGAGUGUACCACUACUGACACAAAUACUAAAGUAUGACGUCAUUCCUACAACGAGGGCACGCGAGUCACGAUCAUCAUAUAUAUAUUAUACUUACAAUAUCAAUGUCCUACAGGAGGCGUGUUUGUUUGAGAGAGAAGAGAUGGUGACCAUGUUGUGUGACACUUACCCAGACUUGGUACAUGGGACUGAUGACGGUAGACAAAGCACGCUCCAUCUUGUGGCACAGACAGGAAACGUUGGUCUAUUUCAGACAGUGGAGAGAUUGGUACUUAAAUCAUUGUGUAGAGUUGAGGAUGUACAACAUAAGUGUGAGACAGAAGAUGGUCGUGUUGUACAUAGGAGUUGUGUGUGUGGACAGUACAUGUCACAGUUAGUGGACUACAGAGGGUUUACAGUAUUACAUGAAAGUUGUAGGUGGGGACACAGGGAGCUUAGUUUAUACCUGUGUCAGUGUUACCCAGCACUGACUACAGCUGUAACUAGCGACGGGUUUACAGUAUUACAUUAUAGUUGUAGUUGGGGACAAAGGGAGCUUAGUUUAGAGCUGUGUAAGUUAGACCCAGCACUAACUACAGCUGUAGAUAACCGUGGGGGUACAGUAUUACAUUAUAGUUGUGGUCAGGGACACAGGGAGCUUAGUUUAUACCUGUGUAAGUUAUACCCAGCACUGACUACAGCUGUAACUAGCGACGGGUAUACAGUAUUACAUUAUAGUUGUAGUUGGGGACAAAGGGAGCUUAGUUUAGAGCUGUGUAAGUUAGACCCAGCACUAACUACAGCUGUAGAUAACUACGGGUAUAAUUGUCUACAUCACAUAGCCAGGUGGACAUCAGAUGUAGACAUGUUCACUGAUUGUGAACGUCACGUAAAACAGUAUGUAGAGAAAACAGGAGGUAAGUAUGACAUCACGACCAUACUUACUAAUGACGGGAGAUCUGUUUUAGACAUGGCAAAGGAAUUGAGAGAGAGGUGGGAGUUAUAUAACAACCGUUUGUAUGAUCAUCUUGUCAAAGUUUUUAAUAAAUAAAAGUAUUAAAUAUUCACACUUCUAUACAUUAACUUGUGUAACAUAAUGACAAAAUAAACAGCAACGAACAGAACACUGUGGAAACCUUUUGUAGGAUCAUCUUGUCAAGUUUAUUUGUAAAUAAAAAUACUGAUAAAUAGUCACACAUACUUCUUAACCUUCUAUACAUUAACUUGUAUAACAUGGUGUAUAAUUAAACAAAGAUUAAGUUGAAGAAACAAUUUAUUUUCAUCAUUGUUCACAACAACAAACAAAAGGGGCGAGUACAAAACCCGGAAUGCACUCAGGCGUGAAGAGAUUUUUGUUGAUUUAUUGUGUUUAUUAGGUCAUACAGUUGAGUGUAGACUAAAGGUUACACCCAAGUGCACUCCGAGUGCACUCCGUUUGGACUUGGAGUGCACUCCGUUUGGACUCCAGGUAAACUUGGAGUGCACUCCAAGUGGACUCCGAGUCUACCUGGAGUCCUAUACGACACCAUGUCUGCCCCGGGUCUAUAAUCAGAUUAUAUCAUAUAUAAAUAUUAAUACUUUGAUGCUUUUAAUAUAAUUUAUUAUAAAUAAAUAGAUUUUUACAAAUUA